UACACGCGGUGUAAUGUGGAGAGGUUAUCUACCAUAUUCGCGUUCUUUUUACUUCAUCCUACGAUCUCGCACCUUGAGUGAGAGAAAAGAUAGGAAAGGAAACGUAAUUUCGUCACAAGCCGAAGGAAAAAACACGAAAAAAAAAUGCCGCGAAACAGAGAUGAACCUCCCGCCAUCCGCGUUUAUACUGUCUGCGACGAAUCAAGAUAUCUAAUUGUUAGGAAUGUACCUGCUUUAGGAUGUGGGGAUGAGCUGUCAAAAUUGUUCGGGUCGUAUGGAGAAAUAGAAGAGUGUAAGCCUAUGGAUGGGGAGGACAGUGAGCCUUAUACGGAUGUUUAUUGGAUCAAAUUCGUACAGGUCAGCAAUGCCAGGUUUGCAAAGAGGAAACUAGAUGAGUUUGUUUUCCUCGGGAAUCAACUACAGGUUUCGUAUGCUCCUCAGUACGAGUCUCUUUCUGAUACGAAGGAGAAAUUGGAAGGCAGGAAAAAAGAAGUUCUAAGCCGACUAAACUCUGGAAGAUCCAAAGGAUCAGAGCCUUCCAAGCAAAUGGAUCAUACGGAAUCAGCAAAAGCUCAUCACAGGCAAGAUCCUAUAUUCAGCAGGGUGACCUCUGACAAGGAGUACUUUUCAUCCCCAUCGAUGAACAACACAGUCCAAUUUGUCAGAGAGAAGCUUGAUAAGAUAAAAUCAAGUAGUGAGCACAUAGAGGGUGGGCCGGCUUUCAAGAAACCACGGGUCGACAAUAGAAGAAGAAUAUGAUGGACCAUUGACCAUGCAAGAAAGUGAUUGCCUUCUGAAAGUUCUGCCACUCCUGAACAAUGUUACCUGAAACACAAACUCCUGAUGAAUGGCUCAGAUCUUGCAUCAUGUGACAAAAUGGCUGGUGGGGGAGAGUAGGGUUCAGAUUCCUAUAAUUGCAAGAGUAGCCAUUGAAGGGCUCUAUCUGGAAAUAAGGCAGGUAUGACCAUUGAUUUUCAACCAGAAUCUUUAGAAAAGAAAAAAAAAUCAGUAAAUUUUUUUCUGCAGACAUGAGUUUCUAGUUUAGAUGUAUCAUAAAUCAAAACUACUCAUGGGUUAGAGUGGUAGAUUCACAAGAGUUUCAACACAAGGUUCAUGGGUUCAAGUACCCAUUGUGGUGUGUAAAAAAAUAAAAUAAAUCAUAAAUCAAAACUGACGUUUAUUUGA